AUGAGAAGUGCAACUUUUCUACUUGUAGAAUCUUAAAGGGAAAAAGAGAGAGACAGAACAACACCUGAGUUUGGAAUGAGGCUGAGUUGCUAAAACGGUCAAGGUGCUUCCAGAAGCAGGUAUACUUCUUGACUGGUUUUAAUCCUUCAAAAAACCCUGCUUAGUGAAAUAUUGGUGAUUUACUUCUGCUCCUACCUGAAGGAACUCUGGUGCAGAGAAGAGCUCAAGACACAGGACAGGUCAGCCCUGGGCCAAAAGCCCGGCUGCUCCUUGGUGCUGACGGAGUACAGUGGGGAGACUGCCAGUGGCAGAAACGGGGUGAGGCCAAGAGACCUCGAUAAACAGGAAGCCCUUCACCAAGACACACCGGGAAAGAAGUUAGAGAGAGCAGAACUCUCACAUCUCAAGACCAGCCUCCCAAACGGUUUCCAGAGAUGGAUUAUCUUACUUUCCUCUUGGCUAUUCUUCAUGUAUACAAAGCUCUAUGUGAAGAGAUGUUUUGGGACACAACUGUUAAACUUGCCAAGAAUAUGACUCUAGAAUGUGUGUAUCCAUCAGCGGACACCUUAACCCAAAUGGAGUGGUUCAAGAUCAAUGCAACAGAGAAAGAGUCCAUAGUCAUUUUUAACCCAUAUUAUGGUGUGAUGAUAAGAAAGCCCUAUGUCGAUAGGGUGUACUUUUGCAAUUCAACCAUGACUCCUAAUGAUAUGACCCUGUCCUUUCAUAAUGCCUCUGCAGCUGAUGUUGGCUUCUAUUCCUGCUUUCUUCAUACUUUCCCACAUGGACCUUGGGAAAAGGUGAUACGGGUGGUUCCAUCAGAUAGUUUUGAGACAGCUGUGCCAUCAAAUAGUCGCAUAGUCUCAGAACCUGGAAAAAAUAUCACACUCACCUGUCAGCUUCAGAUGAAGUGGCCAUUACAACAAGUUACGUGGGAAAAGAUCCAGCCCCAUCAGAUCGACCUCUUAACUAGCUGCAACUUGUCACAAGGGAGAAGUUACACUUCAAAGUACCGAAGACGGAUCCUGAGCAACUGUAGCCAGGGAAUGAGACAGGCUUCCAUCGUCAUGCCCUAUGUCACGGCCUCUGACUCGGGACUUUACCGAUGUCGCUUCAAGGCCAGCACAGGAGAAAAUGAAACCUUCGUGAUGAGAUUGACCGUAACCGAUGGUGAAACCGAUAACGGAUACAUCCUCUUCGUGGCUGGAGGGACAGUUUUAUUGUUGCUGUUUGUUAUCCUAAUUACCACCGUCAUUGUCAUUCUUCAUAAGAGAAGGAAAAGGAGACAGCAAAGUGUUCUAGUUAAAGAGUCCUGGGAUACACAGAAUAAGGCAGCCAACAAUUACAGAAGUCCCAUGUUUACCAAUCAACCGCCAGAUGAUGCAAGAGAGGAUAUUUAUGUUAACUACCCAACCUUCUCUCGUAGACCAAAGAUUAGAGUCUAAGCUCUUUCCUUGAUCUGAGCAAAUGAUGAUGACUAUUAUGUACAUGGAUCUUUAUACAAUUUCUUCCCACUACUCAGUCUACCUUGGAUACCAGUUGACUGAAUUUAUUUCAUUUGAUAGGAAAAAUACUGCAUUACCUAGAGAACAUUCUUAGCAGAAAUGUUUUGGAAAACCUGGCUCUAAUUACCUUAUACAUAAAAGGAAACUUAUUGAACCAUGUAAUGGAACAAUCCAGAGGAGAGCAAUCUUGAGGCAAGGGUUAUUUAUCAGGGCUUACUUGUCUAGAAUUAAGUAUAGGCAUAACCCAGUUUCUGCAUCCUCUUUCACCAUGUUGGAUCCACUUCUUGGAGUUAGCCUAACUCCCAUUUAGGCAUUUCCCUUGUGUUUCCAAGAUGACUGCCGACAACUCUUGGCAAUUCAUCAUCCUUGUUUUUGUCUAGUCGAGAGUUUUCUUCUCUGAUGGAGCAAACAAAUUUGGUUAUUUGCCCAUAAUUAAACAGUCAUCAUGGCCAGAAAGGAUGAAGUCAAUUAAGGGUUCAUCUCUAGAGCUAGGAGUGGAGCCAAAGCAGAGUACUGGGAAAUUCAGAGUGUCUUUAGAAGAAGGGAAGAGGAGCCUGGAAGCUGCGCUGGUUACCAACAAAUGUGGACUGCAGUGACAUUUCAAGAUAUUUCUUGUUAGCCAACUAAAAAGAGAAUAUGCGGGUGGAUUUAGAUUAGCUCCCUCUCUCCCUACUUCUAGAAUCUGCUUUAUCAGCUUAGUCCAGAAGAGUAGUUGGCAGAAUAAAUGACUGGUCAAGAGAAAGAGAAAUGUGACAAGGAAGUCUCUUCCCUUUCUAUUCUCAAAUAAAUUCCUCUCCAGUUCCAUACAGAAUUCUUGCCACUAUCCCUGGACUAACCUUAUCAGCAAGUGUAGUAGACGAUUCAAUAAUAACAAUGUUUUUGAUAUUGAAUUAUUUUCUACUUUUGAGAAUUAUUUUUAAUAUAUAAAUUCUCUCUAAAGGGUUAGGUACCUAGGCAUUAUUAUUAUUAUUAUUUAAAUAAUUAUGUGAAGUCUAAGUAUAAGAAAAAGAAUGAUAGCUGAUAGUGGUGGUAUAGGGUGGUAGGAUAGAAAAGUGAGGGGGAAGAGCAUUGGGAGGGUACAGGAAGGAGGAAAAGGGAUCAAAAAAUGGGACGAUACACAGAGAAACUUGUCCUGCUUCACAGUUUGGCCAAAGAUAACCCUGGUGAUAUCACUGACAGAGCAAUUAGAGACCAUGCCUGCCUUGUCCACAUUCUAGAUGGAGGCAAACAAUGAAAAGUAUUUGUGAAACUCGGUAAUGGUUAUGGUCAUCUUGAAACUACAAUGGUCAUUACCAAACAUAGUGAUCAUGGUGUCUCAAAUAUUCAUUACUCAUCUCUAAAAGAUCCUCAUCUCUGAAAGAUUCAUCACGAAAACUGCAUAUAAGUAUCAAAGUUGUGGACUUUUCAUGAUACUCUUAAGUGAAGCAAAACCAAAUUCUCAUUUUGUCUAGAUAGAUUCUAAGCUGUAAUUUACAUUUUUAAGCAAGUCAGUGGGUAUUUUAUGAUUUUAGCUUUAAAUACCAUUCACACCAAAUAGUGCAAUUAUUCUGUGAAUUACAGAAAUUGUCAGUGUCUCUACAUGUUUUGGGGGGAAAAAAUAAAAAUGACCACUUCCCAGCUAUGUACUUGCUUAUGUUCAUGCAAGAAGAGUUAGCUCUCAUUUUUAUCUUGUUUGCUUAGAGAUCUUUAUGUCUGGAUCGUGAAGUGUUUCCACAAAUACAUUAGUGUAACAAAGCCGGAAGGUGGUUUAGAAGAAAACGAUCUACCAUUGUGUUAACUAUAUCAGAUCUAUGAAAGUUUCCACGGCUGAAUCUGUCAGUUUGCAUGGUGAAGCAAACUUAGCAUCAUUUAAAAAAUAAACUAUUUCUUUUUCCUAAAAGUUAAUCAAAAUAUUACUUUCUGGAAGAUUCUAAUAACCAAAUUCUCAAUGUCUAAUACAGGUGAGAAGUAAAACCUUUCUACCAUUGCAAUGUGGGGAAAUGUAAACCCAUUUUAACGGGAAAAUGACUACUGGGGGAUGAGAACAGUACAGCCAGGCGUCAUUGUCCUGGUGGCCUUUAGUCGUGGUUUCAUGGGGGACUUUUGUGGCAAACCGCUCAAGUGUUGCAAAGCCUCCAGAACAUUUGAAACUUGUCUCUUUUUCAAUGGGUGUUUUAAUUAAAAAAAAAAAUCUCUCAUUCAAAAUAUUUAUGAGAACUAUUUACUCUGUCACUUCUUCUUUUCUAUAUAUUCUUUCUCUGCAGAGCUCAGGAUCUUUCCAGGAUGCAGAACACUCUUAAACUCUGCUAAAAGUUCUCUGACAUG